UUUUUUAGGCUAUAAAUGACUACACAAACAGUUUGGAAUGAAAGGAAAUAUCUCACCAUCGUGAUCACACAUUUUCAGUAUCAGAAUUUAGGGAUGAUUUUAUAAAAACUGUAGAAUAUAUAACUUCCUUUCACUGUAUAUAUUUAUCGACCAUGUGAAUCUACUGUACCACAUGUUUCAUGUGUUUCCCCCCUAAUUCAUUGACAUUUUGGUUUUAUAUGGAGCACCUGUAAAAACAAGACUAUAUUAAUCAGACUUUUUUUUUUCUAGAAACCAGGAAAAAGAAACUUUUUCUAAAAGACAACCUGCCAGUUCAUACUGACAGAAAACCUAAUGAGGAUUUCAAAGAAUGUCCCAGCCUCACAGUCCACUUUGACGACGCGAGCCUCUUGCAGUUCAUCAUUGGUACCCUUCACUGAGAAACUGUGAGUCCAACCUCUUUGCACUGGCAUUGUUGCCUCUGGUGGCUUUUUGGUGAGCAGGAUGCAGCAGGACAGCAGGGCAUAAGCUUUGGCCCAUGGGAAUACUCGGCUUCUCACCAUAGGAGAGAAAUUACGGACUAGUCUGAUUUUAAAUAAAGGGAUUUACUGUGCUAAUACCAUCACCACCUCCAAAGAAACCAAAUCUCUCUGUGUUAUCUACAAGGGUGCAGCCUAUACCCCAGAUAUUUUAGGCAACCAUGUCCAGGCAAAAGGUAAAAGGCUUGACCCGUACAGGUCGCCAGGUCAGCGAGGACCCAGACCUGGAAAGACUGCUGUCCACCCUCUCACCUGACGAAAUGGAGGAGCUGCAGAAGGAGAUAAUGAAAGGGCCGGAGUUCAGCCCAGAGGAUGGGAAGAUCAUCAUUCAAGGGGAGAGCCAACAUGCACAGCCACCUAUGAGCAACAAUGUCUGGGACGCUCAGAUGGGUACCAGAAGGGAGAGUGGCACUAAACAGAGGCUCAGUCAGAGGGAACAGUCACUUGAGGGUGAGCCGAAGAAAGAGAGCCGGAAGCAGGAAUACCUGAGGAAGAUGGGCCUGAGCCAGGAAGGGAAUGGCGACAUGAAAGUAGGGUUACGAAGACAAUCUAGUCUUUCAAGUGAAAGAGAUACCAAGGUGGAUGACAGAAACAGCAGAGAUUCUGAAAGCUUGAAAGGAGAGCGAAGUCGGUUUUCAAGUAAAUAUAGGAAACAGGAGAGCAAAGAGAGUGAUGUGAAAGAGGAGGGUAAUGAGAAAGAGAAAUGGGAAGACAACAGGCUAAGAGACAGACGAGAAAACAGAGAGAGCACAGGUAGCAAAACAAAGGAUAUGAUCUCCAAGUUACAGGAAAAAAAGGAUGAUAGUAGAGAGAAAGAGAGGAAAGAAGACUGCAGAAGAAGAGAUGACAGCAAAACCAAGGACAUUAUCUCAAAGUUGCAAGAAAAAAGUGAAAAGGAUGUGGGUAAGGAAAAGGAGAGAAAAUCUGAGAGUAUCAGGACACAAGGACUUGUCUCUAAAAUGGUGGAUAAACAGAGCAAGGCACAAGAAAGCCAGGAGAGUAAAUCAGAAGAAAAGAAGCCGAAAGCAGAGGAGAAAAAAACUCAAGAUAAAACCAAGCCUGAUGCCAAAAUUGUGCGACAAACGUCUGAGCUGGGUGACACCCAGGUGAAAUAUGAAAAGGCAGAAACAAGAAUAGACAGAGAAAAGCUGGUUAACCAUAGUGACCAUGUGAAAGAGGAGAAGAAGAUGAGCACAGAGAAAAAAGCAGAUGAUAAAAGAGAGAAAGAGGAUGGCAAAGGAAAAGUUAAAAAGCCUGAGGAAACUGAGAAACUUGGCAACUGUGUCAGCAAAAACAUCCCAAACAGCAAGGCAAAGGAGGAAGAGGAAGAGGAUGAAGACUCCAGCAUGUUUGAUGAGCUGAUGGAACAAGUUAAAAACAACGACCCCUCCCUCACUGAGCUCAAUGUCAACAAUUCCGAGGUCAUCAAAGCGAAAACACUCAUCGAGUUUGCAGAGGCUUUGCGCAACAACACCCACAUUAAAACAUUUGCUUUGGCUAACUGCCGUGCAGAUGACCAUGUGGCUUAUGCCAUAGCUGGCACACUACGCAGCAACAAGACCAUCACCAGCAUCAACCUUGACUCCAACCAUCUCACCGGCAAGGGCAUCCUGUCUCUUAUCCAGGCACUGCAGCACAACUCCACACUGACUGAGCUUCGCUUUCAAAACCAGCGUCACAUCUGUGGUGGGAAGACCGAAAUGGAGAUGAUCAAGAUUCUGAAGGAAAACACCACCCUACUCAAACUGGGCUACCACUUUGAGUUAGCUGGACCCAGAAUGACUACGACAAACAUACUGAGCCGCAACAUGGACCGGCAAAGACAGAAGCGCCUGCAGGAGCAGAAGCAGGCCCAGGCCAACGGGGAAAAAAAGGGGACACUGGAGGUGCCCAACAUAGGAGGUGGAGGAUCUCUGAGAAACUCACCCAAAGCUUCCCCCAAACCUUCUCCUAUACCCUCACCUAUGCCUUCACCAAAGCUGACUCCUAAAAGAGGAGCUGGAGGUCCAGCUCCACCACCGCCUCCACCUCCCCCUGGAGGUGGACCUCCACCUCCGCCGCCUCCUAUGCUGGAUGUAGAUAACUUGAGGAACUCUCUGACUCCAGUGUCUCAGAGGAAGCUGGAUGCAAAAAGUCCAGGCAGUAGUAAAAACUCAAGGGACCAAUUGCUUGCUUCAAUCCGAGGAAGCAAUAUUAAACAACUCAAGAAGGUGCCAGUGCCAAGGUGGUUGCAGUAAUAUUUCUUGCUAGAAUGUAAAGUGAAAAGGAAGAGAGAGCAGGAAGAGACAUCUCACCACAGGUUUUCAAGAAAAUGAACUCUAUACUCCCCCAGCUGCAGUGGAAGAGCUUCUCUGUGGGGCUGAUAGAGAAAUUGAAACAUGAGAUGCCUGUUGGUUGGAUCACAAACCCUCACUAUGAAUUCUCCCCUCAAACACUGGACCAAAAGGACUCUGUGGAGAAUGAGUGAUGCAGGACUCUCAACUUACCAACCGCGGAGUGAUCAUGAGUUUGUGGUUGUUUGCCUUCAUUCAUAUUGACGCUUUGCUGGUUAUUUGCACUAGAUAUUACGAAGCCGAUCAUAUACCAUGCCGGCUUGUUUAUGCAUCUGAAUGUGAGCGUGGUGGGAACGUGUUGAGCAUAAUAAGAGAUUCAAAUCACUCAUUAUAAAAUUCUAAUAUACAAAGGUUUAUCAACAAUAUAGUGAACAUUAAUUUGACCAUUUAUUUAUUUGUGGAGAGGGAAUCCACUGUAUACUUAUCAGUUGUCUGUUUGAACUGGGAAUUGUGAAAUGGUAGAAAUAUCAGGGAAUUCAUGAACAUGGUGGCCUGACUUAAGAAAAUAUGGGCAAGGAAAAGAAAAGGUCAAGGUAGUUUUUUGAUUGUGUGUGUGUCCCAUUGCCAAAUCUCAAGAUAUCUCAGGCAGGGUUUAAUGGAUUGGAAAGCAGCCCAGUGGAAUCCUGGUGCUUGACAAAGGUGUUUGAGCGUGGAAAUAAUUGCAUAAUACACUUUUACAUGACUUUUAUGUAAUACAUCUACAUGUUGGAUUUAGAAAACAAUUAAUGGCUGAUUUAAUGCUGUGCUUGUAAGUGAACGUAAUUUCUAAAGGAAGUGCACUUUGUAAUGAAGGAUUCCUUGUCAUAUUUGGCUACACAGGACUUUCUUACAGAGCCUGUAUGUCUUCAAUAAAAGAUUCUGGUAUGUUUGCAGCAACAAGUUAUGCCUGGCUAAUAUCAUCAAGGUGAAAAUGUACAAUAUGUCUGAAAUAAAAUUAGCUGACUUUUGCAAUAUGUUGAUAAAUCUAGGUAUGUGUGUAUUAAUAUCUGUUGAGUCAUCUUUUAUUUCAGUUUCA